AGCUUUGAUUGGUCCCGCAAAAAAGUUUGUCGGAGUAGAUCACCUCGGAAAUAAGUACUAUGAAAUCCCGGAACGCACAACCAUAUUAGGAAAACGGAAGGGCCGGAGGCUGGCAGAGUCCCCCACAGCCACCAUGGACUAUGAGCUGGGAGACAUACCACUGGAAUGGGAAGCCUGGAUCCGUGGCAGGAGAAAGGACCCUCCCACAGAUGCAGAGAUCAUGAAGAAUGAGAAAAUGAUGCUGCUGAAACAGCAAAGAGGGAAGGAGGUGGAGGAGAGGGACAUGGAGAGACAGCAGCAGGAAUAUGAUGAGGGCCUUGUUGCAAGACCAGCACCUAAAGUACACACUGGACACGCUUCAGCCCCAUCCUAUGAGAAGCCAGAUACAGAGCAUGAGAGCAGUACUGGAGGAACCUUCCAACCUUCAUCAUGGGUGCCUGGGAAGAAGUCAUGACACUGGGAUAUUUCUGAGAACAGGUUUACGGAAAAGGCUGGGCUGUCUACCUGGGCUGGCUAUCACGUCAGGCUACUUGGACUUACGAAAGCCCAUUGGCACAAAAGCUGUUUUAGCAGUAGGGGUUGUUUGUGCUCAAUUAAGAAGCUAUGUGUGAAGGAACUGUAUGUGCAGCCCAGCCUUUUCCGUAAACCCUCUGAGGACUAUCUGGGGAGCUAGCAGGAACAGUUCUCCUUACAUUGUAUUUAUCCCUUCAUAGUCAUGAACCGUGAGUGAAUAAAACCUCAACCACACCUUAUGAGCAUUUUACAUGGAAGAGUCUCAAUGGAACUGGAAAACACAAAAUGUGAUAUGGAAUCAGUUUGAUGUGAAUAUGGGAGAAUCACACUACAAACAUGGAUGGAGGUAUUGAUGACAAAUCAAAAUAUUCAGUCUUGUAUAUACAGUAGUAUGGAAGUUUGGAAACUCAACUAUUACUUCUAUUAGAGAAAUCAGGCAUUUCCAACAGUAGAUAUUCUUGCCUUUUCCUCUGAUAGUCUUGCUUAUUACGAGAUGAAAGUACAGCCACAAAACUACUCAUGAUGCAAUAAAAUACAUAAAGAUGUCAA